GGAUCACAAGCAGCAGGAAGCGGGCAGAGCAACCGAGAGCGGGCGGGCGGUGUCCCCGGACCGAAAAGGUGGGCUGAUGGGUAUGAAUUUGGAUGGGGACGCUGUAACCCUGCUGAUGUCGCCUCGCACGCGCCCUCCUGCUUUUGCUUGCUUGGGGGGAGGGGGACGCAACACCAAGCAAGGCCUGGGGGGGCAGCAAGCCAGCGGUUGGCGACAAACACGGACAAGGGCGUGGGCAGGCGACUCAGCGUCGCAUCCUCCGCCCAGGUGCGAGCGGUUGCAGUGGUGCAUCGGAGGGGGCCGCAGCGGUCCUUGAAUCGGUUGUUCUGUUUUUAGGCGAUGCAGCUUGUUUGUGAAGGAAGCAUGAGGAAAAGAAGAAGAAAAAAAAAAAAGGUCGCCCGCGCCAGCCAGCCCGCCCAGCGCCAACGCCCAAAGGUCGUCGCCACCAUGGAGCUUUCUUUUUCCUGUUUCCCUCACGCUCCCCUGACACCCGACGGCAAAGCCGUGCGGGCAGGUCAAGGGUUAUGUAUGUAUUACGCGGAGACGAGAGAGAGGGGGGUGGGGGUUCGGAUAGAGGGGUGUGAGGGCUAUGCAUGGAGAGAGAAAGGUGUGUGCGUCGAGGGCCAAAAGGGAAAAAUGGGAAGCGCCCCGGGGAGCAGGGGGCGUCCAGGCAAAAGCAGGUGUGCGGUAGGGGAUAUGGAAAAGAAGGGAGAGAGAAGGCCAGCCCGGCAGGGGACCUCCUACAAUGCACUACGAAAGACCUUCCAAAAGGCAUUCCAUGUUUUGGCUUUGGCCAACCGCAAAAGCAAAAAGGAAAAGGGAAGCGAAAAGGAAAGAAAGACAAAAAAAGAAAUGGGUGAACGAAAGCUCGGGCCAUUGAACAACAAAAACCCCACCCAGCCACCCUUCGCUUCCAGUUGAUGGAACCCACAGGCGGGCAUGGAUGGAUGGAGCCCGGGUCCCACAUCGAAGAGAAAGGGAGAGAGAAAAAAAAACGAAAGAGAGAGGGAGAGAAAAGAAACGGGAUGGACAGGGGUUAGCUGUUGGCAAGGGUGGGUGGUCG